GGUGGUGAUCCUGAUCAUCCGCAUAAUAGCAAAACAAGUUCAAGAUUCUUCUCAAAUGGCUAUGGACAUUUGAAUAUGGCAAUGAGAAAUAAUAAAUGAAUAAAUAAACAAAUAACCUUUUUGCUACAUCGAGUCAGCUUUGACAAUUACAAAGAUGCAAUCAACAUCCAACAAUGGCCGACUGUUCCCAAUUCCCAAAUCCAAACCCCAAUCACCGUCUCCCAAAUCCCAUUAACAUCCGAUCCUCCGAGCCCAAUGUCUCUUAUUGGGAUUUCUUUACACUCGUCUCUCUUCUCUCCCCUCUACGCCCACUCCUUCAAACCCCAAAGAUUCAAUCUUUAUUCCAAGAACCCCACCGCUGUGGCCACCGCCUGUAUGGCGGCGGCGGCGGUGCCGGCAGAGGCGAUGCCAUCCACCUUUGGGUUCAAGAAUUUGAUGAAAACUUUCACGGUGGAAGUGCAGAGAGCUGAGGGGAGGCCGCUGAAUGUGCCCCUGAUUGCCCCCUUUACUAUUGCCUCUUCUAGGGUUGAUGAGGUGGGGAAUGUGGCUAUUAGGGUUGAGCUGAGUAAUGGGUGUGUUGGGUGGGGUGAGGCUCCGAUCCUUCCCUUUGUGACCGCUGAAGAUCAGCCCACCGCCUUGGCUAAGGCAGCUGAAGCUUGUGAGCUGUUGAGAAAGAGCUCUGGGAAUACUAUGGGGUUUGUGUUGAGGGAGAUUGGUGGCAUCCUUUCUGGUCACCAGUUUGCUUCUGUCAGAGCAGGAGUCGAGAUGGCGCUGAUUGAUGCAGUUGCAAACAGCAUCGGAAUACCUCUCUGGAGACUGUUUGGUGGAGCUUCGGACUCUAUAACCACCGAUAUAACGAUUCCAAUAGUGUCCCCCGCUGAAGCAUCUGAACUAGCUUCAAAUUAUCGUAAAAAGGGAUUCAAGACCCUAAAGCUUAAGGUGGGCAAGAAUUUGAAUGCAGAUAUAGAAGUUCUAAAGUCAAUACGUGUAGCUCAUCCUGAUUGCUCUUUUAUCUUGGAUGCUAAUGAAGGUUACUCCUCCUCCGAAGCUAUCCAGGUGCUUGAAAAGCUACACGAAAUGGGGGUGACGCCAGUCCUCUUUGAACAGCCAGUUCAUCGGGACAACUGGGAAGGUCUUGGUGAAGUGAGCCACUUUGCGAAAGAAAAUUUUGGGGUGUCUGUUGCUGCUGAUGAAAGCUGUCGGAGUUUGGAUGAUGUUAGGAAAAUAGCGGAUGAAAACCUGGCUGAUGUAAUUAACAUUAAACUUGCUAAAGUUGGAGUUCUCGGUGCUCUUGAAAUUAUUGAGUUCGCUAGGACCUCCGGGUUGAAUCUGAUGAUAGGUGGCAUGGUCGAGAGCAGAUUGGCGAUGGGCUUUGCCGGACAUCUAGCUGCUGGUCUAGGCUGCUUCAAAUUCAUCGACUUGGACACACCCCUUUUGAUGGCAGAGGAUCCGGUGCUUGAGGGUUAUGAAGCUUGUGGUCCUGUUUACAAGUUCUCAAACACUAGAGGCCAUGGCGGUUUUCUUCAUUGGGAUAAUGUCGCGUGACGGCUAAGAAUAGGUUUCGCUCACUCUCUGAUCUUCUCUUGAGUCACCCGCAAAAAGUUGCAUAUUCCAUAAGAAUCGUAUGGCGCUCAACUUCUGUGUCCUCAGAGAAGUACACAAAAAAAGAACAUCAACUGCUUGAAUUAACGAUUUCAGAUCUAGUGAGGAUCGAUAUUCUGCAAUUGCAAGCCUCGUUUCUUCUGCUGGAAGGUGGGUUGCAUUUGUUGAUGUUGAUCAGUUGAAAAGUACUGCAUAAAUAUGCAUUUCCUGUUAUAAUGUUUUUGUUUAUACUAGCCUGUCUUUGAGAAGUUAUUUUCAUGUGUUGAUUGGAUUUUCAAGUCCAAAUUGUCAAAAAACAGAUGAUAUCUCUGUCUGCAAAUUCUCAGAAUAAUUCUGCAAUCUUUUUGCUUGCAAAAAGUGCCAAUUUUGGCUAUUAUGAUAUGCAUUUUUGGUUAAUUUUGCUUA